UAUCCAUUUGACUUCUUCUUCUUCUUCUUCUUCUUCUUCUCCUCCUCCUCCUCCUUCACAAGAGAAGGCUCAUUCGCGUGUUUCUCUCUCCCCCUCUCCCUUUACAAGACCCCGCCCCUCACCCCGCUCAGUAGUGUGAAGCAAAAUGACUUCGACUGGACAGGUAUCAUCUGCCCGAGUGGCGCUCGUCACGGGCGGUGCCUCGGGCAUGGGAUUGUCGGUCGUAAAGCACCUGGUCGAGCAAGGUUGGAACGUUAUGAUAGUCGACUACAACAAAGAGGGCGGGCAUAAAAUAGCUCAGGAUCUCGGUGACAAGGUGCUCUUUACGCAUGCUGAUGUUUCGGAUUACGACCAGCAAGCUAAAGCCUUCGUCGCGACGUGGAAACAAUGGUCGCGGCUCGACUUUGUAUUUGCGAAUGCGGGCAUUAUUGACAGGGUUAAUUUCUACGAGCCGGCUAAGGAACGCGAAGAUGGCGCGCCUGUGAAGCCGAAUACCGCUGCCCUUGACAUUUGUCUGACUGGUGUCGUCUACUCGGCAUAUCUUGCACUGCACUACUUCCGCAAGAAUCCUGAUAAAGCUGGGAAGCUGGUUUCGACGGCGAGUAUGGCUGGCCUCUAUCCGUCACUCAGUCUUCCCGUAUAUACUUCUGCGAAGCACGGGGUCGUCGGUAUAACUAGAUGCCUCGCCCAGAAGCUCGAAGCGCUUGGGGAGCCUAUUACCGUCAACUGCGUAUGCCCAGGCGCGGUUGCUACCAAUAUAUCUGACGGCCCCAUAACGGACGACAUGGCCAAGGUGCUGACGCCUCAAUCAACCAUUGUGCGCGCUGUGGAUGGAUUCUUGACUGAUUCAAGUAAGAAUGGUGUCGUGGCCGAGUGUUCAAUCAACAACAUCCAUUACCGGGCGCAGCCAGAUUGGGGUGACGAAAUGGCCAAGCAGGUCAUGACUGGUUUCUCCUAGGCUUAACCAGCGAAUAUUACUGAGAACAAGGGGGAUAGGCAGUCUUAUAACUCGUGGCACACAUUCUAUUUGUUUUUAGUUUUGUGCAUUCUUCAGUUCCGGCCUUCCGAGAUGCAUUAGUCCGAGAAGCCAUUGUGAUCUGUUGAUAUCGAUAGUUAUGACAGCGAUGUUUUAUACAGCUGACUCGCGGUUGGCUCUUAGUUGUCUUGGUCCUUUUGCCAUUUUCCGGCUUGUCCUUUUCCCGAGACUACAUACAUACUAGUUAGGGGUUGGUCUUGGGAAAGGCGCUAA